UAUUUAUGUGUCGAAUCUGCUGUGCUCAAUCACAUUCAGUAGGGCAAAGAUGGCGCUGCCUACAAAACAGUAUGGGCUUAUCUUGUCCCAGAAGAAGGGAGGGUCAAAAACUGCAAUCCUGCAAAGACCCUCAGUGUUUGGAGAUGACUCGGAUGAUGAAACUUCAGUUGGGGAGACUCUGCAGAAAGAGGCUAACAAAAAGAAGAUGAUGAAGCAGACUCGUUUGGAGAUGCAGAAGGCCCUGGAGCAAGACAGCACUGUGUACGACUAUGAUGCAGUCUACGAUGACAUGCAAAAGCAGAAACUCGAGAGCACCAAGAAAGUCCUGAAAGGAGCUGAUAAAAGGCCUAAAUAUAUCCACCAGUUAAUGAAAGCGGUGGAGGAGCGGAAGAAAGAACAAGAGCGGAGAGAUGAGCGGAAGAUUCAGAAGGAGAGGGAGGCAGAGGGGGAAAAGUUUGCUGAUAAAGAGGCCUAUGUUACCUCGGCCUACAAGAAGAAACUGGAGGAGCAGAAGGAGGAAGAGGAGAGAGAGAAAAGACAGGCAGCGAUAGAAGCUGCUCUGGACGUGAGGAAACAGCAAGACCUGAGCGGUUUCUAUCGGCACCUGCUGAAUCAGACCGUCGGAGAGGAGGAGAUCCCAGAUCGCUCAGCAAACAAAAGUCAGCCUUCAGAUGCUUCAAAAGAAGCUGAGAGGACCUCACCCGCACCCUCUCCUUCAUCCCACGAGAACAUCCCCAGUUCCGGCAGCAACUCCGAGGAGGACCGCCCGCCGAAGACUGGAUUUAAUAAACCAGGCGGAGGCUCGGCUCACUCGGGUCGUCAGUACAGGCAGAGGUCGCCUUCCUCCGGGAGUGGAGAGGAGAAGAGAACAGAGAGAGAUGGAGAUAGACAUAAGAAGAGCCAUAAAGACAGAGGGAGAGACAGAGACCGAGAUAGACACCAUGGAAGAGAGAGGGAUGAAAGACAUGGAGACAGAAGAAGUGACCGGGACAGAAGGAAGGAAAGAGACAGAGAUCGAGGUAGAGAUGAUGACCGAAGCAGAGGCAGGAGGGAUUCAGAGAGGGAAGAAAGGCAUGGAAAGAGGGAAAGAAGUCCCAAAGAAAGGCACGGAAAGAAGGAGAGAAGCCCAAGAGAGAGGGAGCGGGACAAAAAUGGUGAGAAGGAGAGGAGGAGGAAUUCAGAUGAGGACAAACUGAAGGACAAAGAUCAGGAGGAAGAGAAGGAGAGGAGGAAGGAGCCAGAGGGGGAAAAGGCAGGAGCGACAGAGAAAGAAGAUCCUGGUGAUGAAUCGGUCAGGCAGCGUUCAGAGGAAAAAGACGAUGGACAGAAAACUGAGGCUGAGGUGAAAGAAGAUGCAGAGGAAAAGGCAAACAAGUUUGCAAAGCGCAGCACGGACCAGACUGUGAGUUCGGCACGAGAUCGCUACAUGGCCAGAAUGAUGGCACGCUCCGGAAACAAGAGCUACAUCGAGAAGGAAGAGGACUGAGAUCCAUCCAUGGCACAAGAAACCAUCUCUGCGUUUUUACCCAACCUUUCUCACCUCUUAGGAUAAUAAUAACUUUAUUAUAAUGGAGUUUUCACACAAAACACAUCGAACAGGAACUCCUUCAGUCAGUACUUCUUCCAUCGCUCAUUGUAUAAUAAACCAUCCGCCAGCUAAAUCUAAACACAAACGUAGGAUGUUAUUUAACUUCCUAAUGUACUGUAGAAGUGAUCCAAUAGCCACUGAAAGCAGCAAAAAUCUACCUUCACAUUUAAACAUGUUGGUUCGAUUGACUCAAACUAGGGAGUUCUCAGGUCAGAAAAAAAAGUCGACACUACGCAUUGGAUGAGGUCCAGUAAAUGUGUAGUUUUAUGACAGCUUAAAAAGUGUAAAUAAUUACAAAGCAUCCUGUAAUCAGUUCAGGUACCUCAGUAAACGGCAGCCUGUCCCCAGGAGAAAUACUGUGUUUUGAUCUAUUCUCCUUCACAAUUGUUUUCCUCUUCUAUUCAGUGGAUGAUGGGUUCAUUAAAUAGUUUUUGGUUUGAUUUUCUUCUCCUGCUGCCUGAAUGAUUCAUUUUCCUGACGUUCACAUGUGCGCAUGAGCGAUAUUUGCAGAUCAGAAACUGGACUAAAUGCUGUGCCGUGAAAGCUAUUCAUAGAAACGGGCCGUCACUUCUCUGGAAACAUAAGAUGUUUAAUUUCCAAAGUAUGUGUGUCAGUUAUGGUGAUUAGAUUACUUCUGUGAAAAGAUGGGAAUCGUUUCAACGUGUUUAUAAAAA